CAAGUCUCAUAUGGCUAUUUCUUUCCCCAUUUGCCUAAGAAAUUUUCCACAAAACCUUGCUGUAGUAGACUAGUGACAGAAGUUUCCUAAUAUCACCGACACACUUACAAACAAAGCAAAUUAUUUUGUUUGAUUAUGAUGUUUGAAAUUGUCAAGAAUAAAUCAGGAAAGUGAGGCACUUUUUCCUGUAUAUAUUGCCUAGAUCUCUAGCUAUUCAUGAGACACAAGUAAAAGAAAUUGUCUAGCUAAGCUUCACUUCUUCUACUAAACAAAAAUGGUUCCUGCUCCUACUUCUUCUUUAGCAGUUAUAUGCAUUUUGCUGUCAACAUUUAGUUUCUAUCAAUCAAAUGCGCAGUUGAGUGCAAAUUUUUACUCAAGUACAUGUCCAAAUGUUUCAACUAUUGUCCAAAAUGUAAUUCAACAAGCUUUACAGUCUGAUGCGCGCAUUGGGGCCAGCCUCAUUCGUCUUCAUUUCCAUGAUUGCUUUGUCAAUGGAUGUGAUGCUUCACUUUUGUUGGAUAAUAACGCUACAACAAAUAUAGUAAGUGAGAAAGAUGCAGCUCCUAAUGCAAAUUCCACAAGAGGUUUCGAUGUUGUUGACAACAUUAAAACUGCUGUUGAAAGUUCUUGCCCUGGUGUUGUCUCCUGUGCUGACAUUCUUGCUCUUGCCGCAGAAUCCUCUGUUUCUUUGGCAGGUGGUCCUUCAUGGAAUGUUUUAUUAGGGAGAAGAGACAGCAGAACAGCAAAUCAAGCAGGAGCUAAUACUUCUAUUCCGUCUCCUUUGGAGGGCUUAAGCAACAUUACAUCAAAGUUUUCCGCUGUUGGACUUAAUGUUACCGAGCUAGUUGCCUUAUCCGGUGCACACACAUUUGGACGUGCCCAAUGUCGCGUAUUCAGUGCCCGUAUUUACAAUUUCAAUGGCACAGGAAAUCCAGACCCCACCCUAAAUACAACUUACUUGGCCAACCUAAGGCAGAUAUGUCCUCAAAAUGGAAGUGCCACAGCCUUGGCUAAUCUUGACCCGGCGACGUCGGAUAGUUUCGACAAUAAUUAUUUUGCAAACUUGCAGAACAAUCAAGGGCUUCUGCAAUCAGAUCAAGAGUUAUUCUCAACAGCUGCUGCAACAACUGCCUCAAUUGUGAACACAUUUAGUAGCAACCAAAAUACCUUCUUUCAGAGCUUCGUUCAGUCAAUGAUUAACAUGGGAAACAUUAGCCCAUUAACCGGCACCAACGGGGAGAUUCGCUCAGAUUGUAAAAGAGUCAAUUGAUGAAAAAAUAUUGAUUAAAAGAAGAAAACAUUUCAAGCAAAGUUUUGUAGGUUUAGCAGUUUUUGUUAUGAAUUAGAGGCUGUUUGGAUGGGCUUAUGUCUAUAAGCUGCAAACAACUUAUAAGCUAAAAAAAAAUAAGUUGGGUCGUCUAACUUAUUUUUUUUGGCUUAUAAGCUGUUUUCAGCUUAUAAGCUGCUUUAGAUAAAUUAAGUCAAAUGGGCUCAAUUAUUUUUUUGCGCUUAUUUUAAGCACAAAAUGACUUUAAGCUGGUCAGCCAAACACUCAAAAAGCUGAAAACAGCUUAUAAGCAACUUAUAAGCCAAUCCAAACGGGCUCUUAGUAGAUCUUUGUUUUUCUUAAACCAAGUGUUGUUACUGCAUAGAAUAUUGGUAGUAUUAGUCACUGCCUUUGACUUUCCUUCUAUAUUAUUUCUAAAUCUUUUUUCUUCUUUAGUUCUAAUUACCAAAAGGCAAAAAUAUUCCUUUUUA